CGCAGCCGGCAAGAGAAGCAAGGCGAGACACGAGAGCCCCUUUGCCCAGCCUCCCCCACUUUUAAAGGAAGGCGGAAAACAAAGCCCAGGGAAUACGCUCCAGGAGGAUAGAGUGAAGAAGGAGGCAAAGGGCGAGGAGUGCGCCACGCCGGGCGGGAAGGGAAGGGAAGGGAAGGGCGCAGGCGAGGGGCCGAGUGCCAGUGCCAGUGCCAUGGUGAACAUGGAGGUAUGCGCCCUGGACUGCGAGGGGCUGCGGGGGCUGCUGCUGCUGGGCGAGGGCUCCUGCCUGGUCCUCGACUGCCGCUCCUUCUUCGCCUUCAACGCCUCGCACAUCGCCGGCUCCCGCAACGUCCGCCUCAGCACCAUCGUCCGCCGGAGGGCCAAGGGCGGCCUGGGCCUCGAGCACCUGCUGCCCAACGAGGAAGAGCUCCGCGCCGGGCUCCGGCAGGGCCUCCUCCGCGCCGUCGUCCUCCUCGACGAGCGCAGCCCGGACCUGGGCGCCGCCAAGCGGGACUCCACCCUCCUCCUGGCCCUCCACACCCUCCGGCGGGAGGCCCGCCACGCCCGCCUCUGCUUCCUCCAGGGAGGUUAUGAGGCUUUCUCGUCCGCCUGCCCUGAGCUCUGCACUAAGCCCUCGGCCCCCAAAGGCCUGACUCUGCCGCUCAGCACCACCGCCAACAGCGCGCCUGGCAGCGCCGACUCCGGCUGCAGCUCCUGCGGGACCCCUCUCUACGACCAGGGUGGCCCUGUGGAAAUCCUGCCUUUCCUGUAUCUAGGCAGUGCCUAUCACGCUUCCCGGAAAGACAUGCUGGAUGCCUUGGGGAUCACGGCGCUGAUCAACGUCUCUGCCAACUGCCCAAACCAUUUUGAAGGGCAUUACCAAUACAAAAGCAUCCCCGUGGAGGACAACCACAAGGCCGACAUCAGCUGCUGGUUUAACGAAGCCAUCGAUUUCAUAGACUCUGUUAAAAGCGACGGUGGUCGAGUGUUUGUUCACUGUCAGGCUGGCAUCUCCCGCUCUGCAACGAUCUGCCUUGCUUACCUUAUGAGGACCAAUCGGGUCAAGCUGGAUGAAGCCUUUGAGUUUGUGAAGCAGAGGAGAAGCAUCAUCUCUCCCAACUUCAGCUUCAUGGGUCAGUUGCUGCAGUUUGAGUCCCAGGUCCUGGCUCCAAACUGCUCUGCAGAGGCAGGAAGCCCUGCCAUGUCUGCCUUGGACAGAGGAGCAUCCACUACGACGGUCUUCAACUUCCCAGUCUCCAUCCCUGUCCACACUUCCACCAGUGCACUAAGCUACCUUCAGAGUCCCAUCACCACCUCUCCCAGCUGCUGAAAGGGCAGGUGCAAGCUGUCCCUCUGUGCAAAGACUUGGCCCUCUUGCUGUUACCUGAGAAGUGCAAUAACUGUGGGAGCAGGUAUUAGCUUACAGAAGUCCUUUCUCACUGCAGCUACAGAGCAAUAUAGAAAUACCAACACAGGUCAGCCUAUCUGACUCCAGAAAGCAAGGUUCUUUCUGCUAGACGAUCCUGCUGAGAGAGGCAGUGAUUUGACCAAUGUUUGGAUGUCUACAAAGGAGACAAAGCUCACAGGACAAUGCUUUCUACUCCUGAAAUAUUCCUCUUUAACAGUUUUCUGUCGUCAGUCUGUUUCAGUAGCAAAUCCGACAGUAUUCUCAUUGCCUGGGUGAACUAGGGUCAGUAACAGUGUCACUGUCCCCGUGUGCAAGGAAGUGUUGGUAUUUAUUUAUUUUUUAAACAGUGUAAUUUCCAUUGUGUGCGUUCUUCCUUUUCAAGUCUGAAGUUUCAUUUUCUUUCUUUUUUUUUCAAAAAGAAACAAAUAUACCUCAGUAUUUUUUGGGUACUGUAAACCUGUAAAUACAACUUAAAACUGUUUCUGAAGCACUGACAUUGAAAGCACAAAAGAGCGUUUGUGUCUUUUGGUUGCCAACGGUUGUAUGUUUGCAGAUUUUAUUUAUGAUGUGAAAUAAUAUAUUUCUUCUUCGAAAAAGAAGAUGUGGGUUUUAUGAUUAUGCCUUUUGAUACGAACUUAAUAAAUUAUGACAUUUCUAUUGAAAAAUAA